AUGAGUCAAGACGAAGUUGUAAAGAAUUUGCGAUCAUGUUUGAUAUCGUGCAAAGGUGGUAUCAGAUUAGACAGGUUAAGAGAUGAUUACCGUAUGGUUGCAGGAGAAUCGCUACCCUAUAAGCAAUUUGGAUAUUCUUCCCUUGAAACUUUUAUACGUAAUAUACCGGAAGUUAUUGUAACAAGAAAAAAUGGGGAACUGUAUGUGGAAGCUACACCUUCUAGGACAACAGCGCAUCUUACGAAAUUGAUUUCACGACAAAAAACACGACGAAAAAUACGACCUCAAUCUAAAAAACGGAGUCCACCUCGAUAUACUACCAAAGGUUUUUCUCCUGGUGCUAGAAAUAACAAUAAUUUCAAUGGGUUUCAACCUACAAAGAACAGUUAUGUAAAUUCUCCUGGUUCCUUUACCAAAUCAACACCCGGGAAGAGUAAUUUGUAUACAAAUUUCAGCAGACCCAUUUUACCUCUCAUGGAAACUAUUGUACAGUGUCCGUUAUCGAUUAAUAAUGAGAAGCCAAAUUUUGCUUCGAGUACACCGCCUGUUUCUCCUAUUAAAAGACUGACAGAUAACGCGAUAAAUCCGAGUAUAGCGACUUUGAACCAAAGCGUUACUAAUUGUAAGACUAUCGAAGAUUUAAAGUGCAAAGUAUUAAAUGACAAGACAGCAGCAUUUCCUGUGAUAAAUUUGAAACCAAAGACUGCAGAGCUCAGAUCCUCGAAACUGAGUGAGAGACUCAAAGUUUCUCCUCCUAAAAGUACUCCUAUUAUGCCUAGAACGCCUUCCUCGUUGAUCGAUAACUGUAAUAACGGUCAUGCGUUUUCGUCUAUCCCAUCGAUUUUUGAAAAAUCGCAGAUCAUGCCACCACAUCAGAUUUCUGAUCCUAGGAGAGAUCUGCAGAUUCAUGCUAAUAGAUUGAAUCUAUCAACACCUGUUUAUAAAAUGUAUUCAAAAAAGGAGAAAAAUUCUGCCAAGAUUACCAUCUACGCCAGUGUGAAGGUUGGUGUACACACAUUUCACACGUAUCCGGAAGACGCGGUAUCCGAGGAGGAAGCCGAGAAGAUCGCAGCGCGCCUGGCUCUGGUGAAUCUUGUCAAAGAGUUGUCGAGCCCCGAGAUAACGACUGUCGACGAGAAAUUGGUGAUGGAGCGCAUUCUGAACAUUGUAACUAAGCAUCACAGCGGGGUCUUUAUGCACCUACUACCCGAAUAUUACUGCGAGCAAUAUAAAGAGGCUCUGCCCCACAACUGGCAGGGGAUUAUCGAGGAAUGCGCGGACAUAAAUCAGGAAAAGGGCGUCGGCGAUUCGACGAUACUUUGCCGAGCCUCGCCGACUUCGAAACGAUCGGGAAAUAAUUCUACCCCAUUUAUAUAUAAGGAUGUUGUCGAGAAUAGCUUCUCGUCUAAUGAAAAGAUACAAUUGAGCCCAAUCGGGCCUGCUGCGCCCGGUAAACUCACGGUACCCAAGAUGACCACUUGGCAGGUAUACGCCACUUGCGUCAUAAGCACCGUCGAAAUUUGGGUUCGCUUGUGUGAGAAUAAUGAUAAUUUCAUGGAAAUGACGAAGAAAAUGACAAAGCAUUAUGAUAAGAAAAAACCUGUCUCGAUCCCAUCGGUGGAAUGUAUCGUUGGAGAUUUUUAUGCCGUUCUCGAGGACAACAAUUGGCACCGAGUUCAAUGUAUAGAUUUCGACUUCGAGACCGAACUCGCCACAGUUUUCUUUAUCGACGAGGGCUACGACGAGCAAUAUAAACUUGAUGCGCUACAUCCUCUCGACAAGAAAUUCUGCAACCUUUCAGCCCAAGCAACAAGAGUAGCUCUUGAGAGAUUAGAAGAGUUUCGCGAUUACACCCAGUUCAUUACGGAGAUUGAGAAUCAUCUCUUGGUCGAUCAAAUGUUUUUAGUCAAGGUACAUGGCACGAACGCCGAUGAGUACGGCUCGUAUACGAUGGUGACUUUUUAUGACACCAGGACAGACAAAGAGGGCAGACAUGUAGAUGUGAAUCAAAUUCUAUUUGACAAGAUUUUAAGAGACAUUGACACCACAUCCAAGAUACAAACGAACCAGUUAAUCGAAUUAUAUAUCACACACAUAGACGAGUACGGUAAGGUCUAUGCGCAGUUAAAUUCGUUUAUGAGAAGUCUGGUGAACAGCGAGGCCUUGUCGCAAAUAUUUGUAAACAACAUGACGACCUCUUUGGCGAGGGAAGCGAUCCACUUAACCAAAGUGUACUUUGCAAAAUGGGACUCGCAGUGGUAUAGGGCGCGAGUGAAGAACAUGCCUAACAACAAGGAUGAAGUAACAGUGUUUCUAUUCGACAUCGGUAAAACCGUCACGAUAUCGAGAAGAGAUCUGUUUUACACGAGCGAAAAAGUUUCAAAUGCUUUGCACUGCAUUCCACCGCAGGCGAUGCAGAUCUUUCUGCACCACCUCGAUCAAUCGAAGUACAACGGAAGCCUCGUGGCGAGAUUCCGCGAACUGGUGUCAGACACGGAUCUGCUUCUGGCACAUAUCAUUAAUAUCAGCCCAUCUAGAAUCCCAAUAGUGGAGCUUUUCAAGAGAAUUGGACCGAAUAACAUGAUGGUCUCUAUAAAUACAUCAUUGAUUUAUGAAAGUGAACUAUCAAAAGUCAACGAAGAUGGCAACAACAAUAUUAAGUCAUCAAAGAAACGUUUGGAACGCAGGAAUUCUCGCAUUCUCGAGUCUGUUGGUAAAUUAAAUCCACCCACCAUAUCUGAUAUCGGCCAAUAUUUUGAUAUUCACGUGACAUUAGCCGCACAUCCAGGACAUUUUAUCGUGCAGCCGUUGAACGAUGCGGGCAAAUUGAAGACGAUGAUGAUCGAUCUGCAAAAAUACUGCGGUGAGUACGAUGGUCCGUCAGUGGAAACUGUCGGCGAGGGCAAGCUAUAUGCGGGCAAGUUUCGAGAUGAUUGGUACAGAGUGUACGUUACCAAUAUUAUUAGCGAUAACGAGGUAUCCGUAUAUUUCUGCGACUUUGGGGAUGUAACGAUAGUGUCGCGCAGUAGCUUGCAGCCGUUGAAGAGUGAUUUCAUGAAGCUACCAUAUCAAGCUGUGAAGGCUAAACUUGUCGGAAUAGAGCCGACGAAUAUUGACUGGACGGUAAACGAUUGUAUCAGGUUUAAGGAUUUAGUGCUUGAUAAAGACUUUGUCUCAGUAGUCGCCGAAUCGGUGGUUGAUCACCUCUCGCCGGCCAAUGGCACUGUGCUGGGCUUAAGAUUAAUCGACGUCAGUACUGAAAAAGACAUAUACAUCGAUAAGUUAUUGGUGGAAGAGAAACGUGCCAAAUAUAUUGAUGAAUUCGAGGAGUAUCUUGUAUCUAGUUAGCUUGUUAUAGUGAUUAAUGUGGGUGGAAGAAACAUAUUAUUUUCCUUACCAUCGCAUUAUCGUUAUCCUUUUAUAGUGACACAGUAUCAUAUCGCUCGCAUAACCGCGCAUACCUGAAUGUAAAAGGAUAAUGCGUGAAUAUAUUUAUAGUACUUUUUUAUUACUUUUUUUUUUUUCUAUAACGACACGGCACGUGUGUGAACGGUAUAGAAAGAUGGCUAUCGAAUAUUUUUAUAUUUCAUUUAACAUUAUUUGAGUUUGUCUCCGUGAUUAUGCAUUUCGUUGUUCGGAAAUUAUAUAUUUUUUUUUCUUUUUAGUAUUAGAAGAUACGGACACACUAGAUUACAAUGCGCAUAGCAGAGUUCAAUUUAUUGAAGAAGCGUUUUCAUUAUUAUAGUUUGUUUAAAGGCUUAUGUUUAUGAUUACAUAAACAUGUUAUUUUUGCUUCGGCUUUUACCAUUCAUCGUUCUUUAUUACCGAUUACAUUUUUGUUAUCGCACAGUUAAACAUAGAUGUAUUACUGUUGAAGUUAUAACGUAAAGUUUAUUUAGAAACUAAGUUAUUUGAUUAUUAAAAUCGUUUUAUUAAUUAUAUUGUAUAAUUU